GUCGUUUUACGGUUUACCUCAUCGCGGGUCAUCGUGGGGCCUCAAUGCCUCAUGAUGGCGACUUCUCCUGCCAGUACUUCGCCGUGUUUCUCUGCUCGUUCCUUUCCUUUCCCCUUCCACUUCGCCCGCAUGUUCUCGGCAUCCUAGACAAGCGCCUUUGUCCUCCACUGUACCAGCACGAUCGGCUCUCUCUCGCGGUCUCGCCUACCGGGUGUACUACAAAGCCGCCGUUCCCUCGCACACGCACCACCCCCCUGCCCUGUUCAGGACGCACGCACGCGCCGGCCGGAGCUGAUCGGUCGAUCCAUGCGGGCAUGGACACGCCGUCGUCGACGUGGGAGGACGGCUCGGAGGCCGACGCGCACUCGAGGUCCGAUUACGCCGCCUCCGACGUGUCGUCCGAGUGCAGCGGCGAGCCGGGGAGCCCCUACGGGACGCCGCCGUACCCGCGGUGGCCCGUGCGCAACGUAGCGGCGCGGAUGCCUUCUCAACUCCCAAUGCCGCCGCCGCUGCUGCAGAGGCUCGGCACUGCGGCGCGCCGCGGCGGCGGCGGCGUGCGCGACAGGAAGGCCGGGUUCAGCGAGCUGCAGCUGAUGAAGGAGAGGUUCUCGAAGCUUCUGCUGGGCGAGGACAUGUCCGGUGGCGGCAAGGGGGUCUCCACCGCCGUCGCCAUCUCCAAUGCCAUCACCAACCUCUACGCGACUGUAUUCGGGAGCUGCCACAGGCUGGAGCCCCUGCCGGCGGAGAAGAAGACGAUGUGGCGGCGGGAGAUGGACUGUCUGCUCUCCGUGUGCGACUACAUCGUCGAGCUCUUCCCGUCCAAGGAGAUCCUGCCCGACGGCACCACACGAGAGGUCAUGGCGACCAGACCAAGAUCCGACAUCUACGUCAACCUCCCCGCCCUCGAGAAACUCGACGACAUGCUGCUCGAGAUCCUGGACGGCUUUCAGAAGACUGAAUUCUGGUACCUCAACGACAAGGGCCACAAGGAUAGCUGCGACGACGACCGUCCGGUGAGCCACCGCGGCGAGGACCGGUGGUGGCUGCCCGUACCGUGCGUCACCAAGCCCGGGCUGACGGAGUCGGCGCGGAGAGACCUGCAGCAGAAGCACGACUGCGCGAACCAGAUUCACAAGGCGGCCAUGGCCAUCAACAACGGCAUCCUCGCGGAGAUAAAGAUUCCUGAACUGUACAAGCAGACACUCCCCAAGUGCGGGCGGGCAAGCGUGGGCGACUCGAUAUACCGGCACAUGUCGUUCCCGGGCAAGUUCGCGCCGGAGUACCUCCUGGACUGCCUGGAGAUAUCGUCGGAGCACGAGGCCCUGGAGGUGGCGGACCGCGUGGAGGCAGCGAUGCACGUGUGGCGGCGGAAGGCGAACCACGGCCACGGCCAGUCGAGGUCGCCGUGGAGCGCGGUCAAGGACCUGAUGGAGUCGGACAAGAACGUGAUGCUGGCGAGCAGGGCCGAGGACGUCUUGCUCUGCCUCAAGCAGCGCUUCCCCGGCCUCUCCCAGACCACGCUGGAUGCAAGCAAGAUACAAUACAACAAGGACGUUGGGCAAGCCAUCCUGGAGAGCUACUCCAGGGUGCUGGAGAGCCUGGCGUACACCAUAGUAACAUGUAUAGAUGAUGUUCUUUUCGCCGACGAGUCUGCAAGGAAGAUCUGAUGAUCAUUUGUUCAUCCUGCCUCUGGAACGGGAAUCGAAAUAAGGGUCCAUACAUCCAUCCAACAAUAUGUACAUUAUGCCAUAACAUGUAGCACUAAUGGAAGAUAGCAUAAGCACAGUAGGCUACUCCCCCUAGCUUAGCCAUGUUUGGAGUUACAUUCAUUCCCAUGGUCCCUCAGUUACCUUGCAUUCUCUAUAUCAUGACAAUAGAUGUCAGGAGGCACAGUGACUACAGUAUCGGGUGUCACUUGUGAUUGUUUCUCAUAUAUGGAUGGGCAUGGGCAUCA